UAUCAGUCCUCGAACAUUCGUGCUCUCUUUCCUCUCCCAAGUCUGAACCCUAAUACAUCCUCCCCACUCCGCCGUAAGACCUCGAUUCUCAGAUUUGUCUGAUUUGGCAACAUGACAAGGGUUUAUGUCGGGAAUCUGGACCCCCGGGUCACCGAAAGGGAACUCGAAGAUGAAUUCAGGAUCUUUGGCGUCCUUCGCAAUGUUUGGGUAGCUCGUAGGCCACCGGGCUACGCUUUCCUCGAGUUCGAUGACGAAAGAGAUGCUUUGGAUGCAAUCAGGGCUUUGGAUGGGAAGAACGGGUGGCGUGUGGAGCUUUCUCACAAAGAUAAGGGAGGUCGUGGAGGUGGUGGCCGUCGCGGUGGUAUUGAGGACUCCAAGUGCUACGAGUGUGGAGAGCCUGGACAUUUUGCGAGGGAGUGUCGCCGUGGUCGAGGAGGCUAUGGGAGGCGUAGAAGCCCUAGCCCUCGCCGUAGGAGUCCUGAUUAUGGAUAUGGACGCAGGAGCAUCAGCCCUCGUGGAAGAAGGUCUCCUCCAAGGCGUCGCAGUGUGAGUCCACCUCCACCCCGCCGCUACAGCAGAUCCCCACCACCGUAUCGUAGCUCAAGACGUGACUCCCCUCGCCGCAGAGACUCGCCCUAUGGCAGACGUUCACCAUAUGCCAAUGGGUAAGGUGUGAGACUCUUACUGAAGAAGAAGGAACGAUGAGUGUUGCUGUGCCCGUUAGGAUAUGUUUACUAUGCUAUUAGUUCUUCUAGGGUUGGUUGUUGAGCAUGGACUCAGUGGCGUCUUAUUAGACUUUUCUGUGAUUUGGAACUCUCCUUCAAGCUGUUCUCCAACGGCUCUCUGUCUUGUUCUUGUUAUCUUGGACUACUGUCGACCGUCUUGGCUUGCUGUCUUCAGCGUGCUUGAACCCUAAGGUCGUUUUCAUGCUUUAUUUGACUACAAUAUUACUCAUAUCAUCCAUAUAUAUAUAUAUAUAUAUAUAUAUGCUUCUGGUGUGUUUUGUUGCAUACAUUUUUCUUAUAUCUCUUCCGUGUGAUAUACCUAAAAGAUUCAAGUGUUUUCACUUUUUUCUUUCUUGUGAGGUAUGAUUUCUGGUAAGAUACUGGGAUCUCUCGGCAGCUGCGCUGCAUCUUAGUCUCCCACAACUUUAGCUUUGUCAUCUUCAACCCAUCAAUCUGCAUCAUCAUCAUCUCAACCAUCAUCAGCUAGAUUUGCUUGUUGUCACUUUUUAAAAGAUUGCAUUGUUCUUCACUCAUCAUUCUUACCUUGAUCUGCAAUCAAGCUUCUAAUGAAAGAUCCUCUACCUCGGUCUCUGCUCGCCACGCCAAUAGUUUUACACAUCACUUAGGUUCUCUGCACACUUUUUGGUCACUCUAGUUUUCAACAUCUAUUGGUACUAUUAAUCUUUCUUUGGGGGUUAGUUAAAGUUAAAAUUACAUGUAACCCUUUGUGGAUGCUUCCUUUUGUAUUUCUUGUGAAAAUGUGUUGAGUCUUCUGUGAUCAUGAUUUGAUUUUCCA